UUUGUAUUGAAUUGUUAGGAAUCGUUCACUUUAUACUAGUCGCUGUUGAAAUAUUUUUUUAUUUAUGUUGGCAGUUGAUGCAUCAGACAAUUAAAACAAUUUUAAAUUUAAAAAGUCUUAUAGUGUACUACACUUCACUGUACCAUCAUUUCAUACUUAGCAUGUUUGAUUAUCUCCCUUUGUUGUAUAUAAUUCUUGUGAGUGAAACUUUUUAUAUUACGCUGGUGCUAAAGCUCAUCUUGCAUAUCAUUACUUUAGUCUACCCUGAUGAGUGUUACAGGGUUAUUAAUGAAGUACAGAUAUUAAAUUAAUUAUAGUUUAUACACAGCCAUAAUAUGUAUAUGAUCAUUAAUGAUUUUGAAAAAUGCCCCCCUCCACACCCUCCCCUUGUAAAACCGAGCCUUUUUUAGUAAUUACUUACGCAAAAGGAUUUUUUGAAUGUAUUGUACUGUUCUUAGCUACAAGUUCUUUAAGUCUUUUCCUCACAUUUGGUAAUUUUUUUAAUUUAGAAUGUUAAAGAAUAUCAAAAUUGCAAUCUCAAUUUGCGAUAUUAUUUAAGGAAGUGCACAUGGAUUAUCUCCCUUUAUGGUAUAAAAUGUAUGAGUGUAUGAUUCGAACUUUGAAAAUAAACUGUUUUUUGUUAGUUCAAAUAAUUUAUUUACUUUUAGAGAUGUAAAUAUAUUGAAUACUAUUAAUAAGUGUAAUGUUGAAUACAGUCACGUAAAAAAACGUAUUGAUUAUGAAAUUAUUGAACUUUGUUGAAACGUAAUAAUUAAGAAAUUAUUUAACUUUGUUGAAACGUGGUAUUUCUUCGUUUUAGCUGUGUGGUCAGCAGUCAAAGCUCUUUACAAGGAUGUGGACAUCAUGGGAUGUUAUUUUCACUGGGCACAGGCAGUAAUGCGAAAGGUACAGUCCCUUGGACUGAAGACGACCUACUGUGAAAAGAAGGGACUGUACGUCUUCAUCCAGCAACUGCUCGGCCUUCCGUACCUCCCGCCAGGACAUAUUGAGAGGGCAUUCCAGAGCCUGACCGCUAAGCUUCCUUGUCCAGAGGUAGAGGACCUGGUGUCCUAUUUGGAGAACGCCUGGCUGCACAACCCAAACUGGAGUGUCCGUCAAUGGAGUGUGUUCCGCCAGAGCAUCCGCACGAACAACGACUGCGAAGGCUGGCACCGACGAUUGAAUGGCAAGGCAGGCCGGGCCAUACUCCAUUUUUACCUCCUAGUUCCACUUCUGAGGAAGGAAGCCAACUCCAUCGAAGUGACCAUGCGUUUGGUGGAGGAGCAGACCAUCACCCGUCACCGCCGCACACAGAACCGUCUCCGCGAGACCAAGGUGGAACAGCUUUGGAACGACUACGAGAGUCAGACAGUGCAAACGUCAGCAUUUCUGAGGGGAAUCUCGAGGCUUUGUGCUCCAGGAUUUCCUGAGUAGACGCGUAUAUAUAUACUGUAUAUAGUGUAUAGAACUUUGUAGUGUUAACGUUGUGAACAUUGCUAAGAAGAAAGAUGUGUUUCAGUUUUGUAUUUUUAAGGAAAUAUAUAUUUGUGCUGAUUUAUGUCCUUUUUUCAUCUCUUCUUUGUUUAUUGUAUGUAAAUAUCUAUGUAAUGUUAUUUUCAGAAUGAGAAGUGUAUAUACCGGUAGAACUGUGAAAUAAUUGUUAAAUAAGUGUUUAAAGUAUUUUAUAUUUAUAAAUCAAUAAAGUCAGGUUUGUACAUGCUUUUGUACUUUGUUGUAAAUAUAUAUAUGCUUUUGUACAUUGUUGUAAAUAUGUUUUCUGCACAUCGGUAAAUUUGUGAAGAGAAAGAAGUUGAAAGUUGAAAAUAUGAUUGCAAACUAUAUGUAUUAACAAAAUAAA